ACGCAAUACUUGAUGCCAAGAAAGUGGAACGGGUCGGUCUCCGUUGGCGCCUCGAUGGUGUGCAGCACGGCGCAGUCGACCACGUCCUCGUGGUGCACGAAGCUCAGCUCGAGCGCCAGGUCUUGCUGGGACGUGCUGCAAACUGCGUCCAUGACGUUCUCCACUUUGCUGCGCGUGGAGCCUGUCACCAACACGCCCGGAGGUGUGAGCGGUGCGACGGUGGAGCCCCGAGGCAGCACGUCCGACUUGUCCAGAGCAAAGGCCAGCGCUGCGCUCAUGGCGCCGGCUUCGCGUUCGCGGAAGACUCGCACGUCGUCCCUCGACCCCAAAGCCUUCCACCUCGAGGUGUCCACGACCCCGCCAUUAGCCUGUGCGUGCUGGUCGAACUCGCGUACGGUGUGCUGCAGCAUCCGCGUGCGUGGCCAUGCGUUUGAGCGCGCGUUGCUCGAGCCUCGAGAGCGAGAUCGUCCGCAGCUGGACGCGCGCAAUGGGGAAGCCCGCGCUCGUGCUCAUUGCAACCGAGUGAGUGUCCACUUGCUGGUGCGUUGGCGACUGGGGAGAGGCUGGCCGCUGCCAACGGAGACCAGGCGUAUCUGUGCGACCUCGAGGGUGGGCUCGCGGCGGGAAGUGACGCAUGGCAGGCGAAGGCAGCGCGACUAA